CAAGGCCAUGUGAGAGAUUCAAUCAGUUUCAGUAGGGGCCAUUUCAUUAGUGGGCAGCCAACUCAUGCAUUACCAAAUAGGCAGUGGCAAUUUUGUCAGCUAUUGGCUGCUUUUUCCCAACAUUACUAUCAAAGAGCUUGAUUACCACACUUAACUAAUGAUCAACAACAGACUCAUUGUGUUCUAAGCCUCCCUCUAUAAAGAUUGUCAGCAAUACAGAUCAUAAAAGCACAGGCAAAGUAUAUGAGCGAAAGUUUCUUGAUGCGAGUUAGAAUCCGGUACCAUGGCAACGGAAGCUGAUGUUCCAGAAGCUAUAUGUAUCGAGAAGGGAGAAGGGGUAGACAGAAGCUUGGCAAUCGAACAGUUAGACAAAACUGUCGACCAAUGUUUUCCAGUUGAAUUGAACAAAUCCAAAGGUGACUUGGAUCAGCAUCCUGAAAUUCACACUGACAAACCUUUUGCAGAUGGUGAAAAUGUACAGGUAGAAUAUAGUAUGAAAGUUGAAAGCAAGAAUAACAGCUUUGGAAUUUCGGAGGGUGAACAUUUUUUGGACCCACUCUCGGAGAUUUCCCAAGCCGACCAAUCAAAUCAAGCAGGAAUGGAGAUACCAAAGAAUGAAGCGCAGCUUCAGAAAGGCACACAAGUUGGUGGGGGUGUAGAAGAAACAGGCACUGAAGAAAAUGAAGUCAUUGAAGAAAGAAAGGAGAAGCUCGAACAAGAUGUUGAAAAGCAUGACAUUGUAAAUGCUGCAGGAAUCAUUUCAGUGAUGGCGAAAACUGGAGAUGCAAACCUCGAAGUUGAAGAAGUGGAAGCAUCAACAAACGAGACAACUGUUGAUCAACAUGUUCAAGUAAUCUCAAAUCAACAGGACUCCAUCAAAGAAGAUGUACAGUGUCUUGAAAAGGAGGCAGAGAGUUCAGAGGUAGAUACAAAAGGAGCAGAAAAGGCAUCAGGCAAUGGUGAAUCAUACAGUAAAGAAGCUUCCGAUCUGCUAGAGGCAACCACAUUUCAAGAGUACGAAGCUUCAACUUCUACUCUUGAUUUGACGAACAGCAGCCUCAAGAAGGACAUGGAAUUGGAGACAAAUGUACACAAUUCCUCCGAUACAAAUCCCAUAUUACAAGAAGAAUUUGAAGAAGGAACUAGCACAAAGGUAACAUCAAAUGAUGAAGAAGAUUCACAGCAGACAUUGCAGAAUUAUGAACUGAAAGAGGAGCUUCAAAAAUUGCCAGAGGUGACGCCUGAAGAUGCUAAGACAGAAUCAGCAAUGGAGAAUGCAGAAGUAAUAUCCUGCACAGAACAGGAAAGAACAAUGCAGAGCACACCAGAAUACUCGGAGAAAGAAGAGGCAAACCCUGUGCAUUGUCCAAAAGAAAAUGCCACUAUGACUGAGGAGGUGUUUGAGGCUGCAAGCACAGAACAAGAAACUGCAGAACAUGCAUUACCAGAAAUCCAUACCGCUGAGAACCACCCUCAAGAGUUCAAUGAAGAAAAAUCCAGAGAUUAUCAGGCAUCCGUUGAGGCAGCUUACUUGAGUACAGAUACAGAUGAAAAGAACUUGGAGGAACAAGCCAUUCAAGAAAAGUCUUCUUCAUUGGUAGAAGAAGAAACAACUCAGCAAAUCUCAAGGGAAGAAGAAGUGCACGCAACAAAUUCAAAAGAAGAGGAAAAGGAAGCAGAUACAAAAUGUGAAGAACCCAUUGAAGUAGCAGAUGCUACAAGAGAAAUAGAAUUUGAAACCAUAGAGCAGCGAACAGAGACAAAUAAAGACCUCAAUGUUCCAAUUCCAGAGGAAGAAGCCUAUGCAGAGGAAAGCACCAAAGCAUUUGUUCAAAAUAACUCCUUUCUCUCUGAGGUAUCUGAAGUAAAGACCAAGGAAAUUAUUCAGGAGGAUCACCCCACAGUAGGCGAUUAUGGCCUUGUGUCUGGAGAAGUGAGUCAAGUAUCAGCAUCGAAGGAAGCUGAAGCUGAAAACGAGGAGCAUGUCAACAAUACUCCUGAAGAAAAGGGACUACAAACCAUCUUAACAGAUGAGACGGUCGUGGAAACCGAAGAUCAUGCACAAGCAGGGGAAAAUCUAACCUCAAAAGAGAAGAUAGAAAAGGAGAUUCAAACAGCAGAAGGUGAAGGGGAAAGAGACUUGAAAGAAAUCGAAGAAGAAAACAAGGAGCCUGUAGAUAAUGCCGGUAUUGCUCCUGAAGAGGGUCUAGCAACCAUCUUAACAGAUCAAUCAGCCUUGCAAAUUGAAGAUAUUGAGUUACAUGCAGAAGAAAAUGUUAAUUCAAAAGAUAAAUCGGAGGAACAAAUUCCGACAGUUGCAGAUGAAGGUGGAAAUGGUUUGAUAGAAGCACAAACAGAAAACAAUGAGCAGGUUACAGAUACGGAUAUUGCUUCUGAAGAGAAGGGUCUAGAAACCAUUUUAACAGAUGAAAUGGCCCUAGAUAUUAAAGAUAUCGAUGUACAAGCAGAGAAAGAUUUCAGGUCAAAAGAGAGCUCGGAGAAGCAGGUUCCAGUAGUAGCAGAUGAAGGUGACACGUGCUUGAAGGAAGCUGAAGAAGAGAAGGAGCAGGAGACUCUACCUACCAUCUUAAAAGGUGAACCACCAUUGGACAUUGAAGUUAUUGAUGUACAAGCAGAGGAAAGUUUCAGUCCUCAAGAGAAGUUGGAGGAGCUGAUUCCAGCAGUAGCAGAUGAAGGUGACACAGGCUUGAAGGAAGCCGAAGAAGAGAACAAGGAGCAGGUCAAAAUUACUGACAGUGCUCCUGAAGUGAAGGUUACCAUCGGCGAAAGAGCCUUGGACAAUGAAGAUAUUGAGUUACAAGUAGAGGAAAUUGUCAGCUCAAAAGAUAACUUGGAGAAGCAGAUUCCAACAACAGCACUCGAAGGUGACACAGGCUUGAAGGAACCCGAAGAAGAAAACAAGGAGCAGGUCAAAAGCAUUGAUAUUUCUACUGAAGAGAAGGGUCUGGCAACCAUCUUAACAGAUGAAACAACCCACAAUGCUGAAGAUACCGAUGUAGAAGGAGGCGAAUAUAUCAAAUCAAAAGAUAUUGAGGGUGAAAGUUGCUCCACGGAACCCCAAGAAGAAAACAAGGAGGAGAAAGUCACAUAUACUGGCAUUACUCCUGAAGGGACAAUUUUAAACUCACAAGAGAAACUGGAGGAGCAGGUUCCAGUAGUAGCAGAUGAAGGUGACACAGGCUUGAAUGAAGCUGAAGAAGAAAACAAGGAGCAGAUCAAAGGUAAAGAUACCUCUCCUGAAGAGAAGGGUCUACCAAUCAUCUCAACAGAUGACACGGCAUUGGACAGUGUCAAAAUUGAGUUACAAUCAGAGGAAAAUGUCAGCUCAACAGAUAACUUGGAGAAGCAAAUUCCAACAGAAGAAGCUGAACGUGGCUUAACAGAAACUGAAGCAGAAAACAAGGAGCAGGCCACCAUUACUGAUAUUACUCCUGAAGUGAAAAGUGUACCGACCACCUUGACAGAUCAAACAGCCUUGGACAGUGAAAAAAUUGAGUUGCAUGCAGAGGAAAAUGUCAACUCAACAGAUUACUUGGAGAAGCAAAUUCCAACAGCAGCAGAUGAAGGUGAAGAUAUCUUGACAGAAGCCGAAGCAGAAAGCAAGGAGCAGGUCACCAUUAAUGAUAUUACUCCUGAAGAGAAGGGUGUAGUAACCAUCUUAACAGAUGAAAGAUCCUUGGAAAUUGAGGAUAUCGAUGUACAAGCAGAGGAAUCUUCUAACUCAAAAGAGAACUUGGAGGAGGAGAUUUCAGCAGCAUCAGUAUUGGGUGACACAUGCGUGAAGGAAGACGAAGAGGAGAGCACGGAGCAGGUCAAAAGCAGUAAUAGCUCUCAUGAAGGAAAGGGUCUGGCAACCAUCUUAACAGAAGAAACGACCCAAGACAUUGAAUAUACUGAUGUAAAAGCAGGAGCGGAUUUCAACUCGGGAGAUAUUUUGGAGAAGCAGAUUCCAACAGCUGUAUAUGAAGGUGAAACAGACUCGAAGGAAGUGGAAGCAGAAAAUAAGGAGCAGGUAGAAACUACUGAGAUAGCUCCUGAAGAGAAAGGUCUGGCAACCAUCUUAAUUGAUGAAACUGCCGAGGGCAUUGAAGUUAUUGAUGUACAAGCAGGGGAAAUCAACUCGAAAGAGGUCUUGGAGAAGCAGAUUCCAACAGCUGUAGAUGAAGGUGAAACAGACUUAAAGGAAGCUGAAGCAGACAUCAAGGAGCAGGUAGAGACUACUGAUAUUGUUCCUGAACAAAAGGGUGUAGAAACCAUCUUAAGCGAUGAAAGGGCCCUGGACCUUGAAGACGUUCAUGUACAAGAACAAGAGAAUUUCAACUCUAAUGAGAACUUGGAAAGUCAGAUUCCAACAACAGUAGGUGAAGGUGAAACAGACUUGAAUGAAGGGGAAGCUGAAAUCAAGGAGCAGGUAAAAUGUACUGAAACUGCUGUUGAAGAGAAGGAUGUAACAACCAUCUUAAGAGAUGAAACAGUCGUGGAGGUUCAAGAUGUUGAUAUAAAAGCAGAGGAAAAACCAAUAGAAGCAGGUGAAGGUGAAAAGGUGGGAAUUCUUGAUGACAUCCCUGUUAAUGUCUAUAACACAGAACUGGUGGAAGAGGUGACCGUGGAGCAAAGCUAUCAAGUGCCAAGUCAUGAGGAAGCAGAGCCAAAAAUUGCAGUUGAAGAUGAGAAAUCAGAAGACCAUCCUGAAAGGAAUCACAUGAUAGUUGAAGAGCCUCUAUUACAGGUCAUUGAUGAACCAAAGAUCACAAGUCGAGAUUUCAGUGAAGAACAAAUCAUAGAAGGCAAUGUCGUGAGUUCUACACCAGAAUCAAUCGAAGAAGAUACAGUUAAGAGCUCUCAAGACAAUGAGAAAGAGACAAUAGAGUUGAAGGAAGAGGGCAGCUGUACAGAGAAUGCAAAAGAUGAAAAUGCUAGUGACCUCACACGGGAGUAUAUUCCAGAAGAUGCACCUAAGCAGAUCAAAGAUGAACAGUAUAAUGCAGUCAAGUCCGAAAACGAGAUUCUUGAAGAUUCACAGACUAUUGAGGUAGAUGAGAGAACCACAUGUGAGACAAAAAAUAUCGAAAAAUCUGAAGAAAUUCCUAGUACAUUACCAGUGAAAUAUGAAGAAGUUCAGCAGGGAGAGGGGAGCUGUACAGAGAGCACAAAAGAGGAAAAUGCUAAUGACCACACACGAGAGUAUGUUCCAGAAGAUGCUACUGAGCGGAUCAAAGAUGAAGACUGUAACACAGUAGAGUCCAAAAACGAGGUUCUUGAAGAUUCACAGACUGUUGAGGUAGAUGAGAGCACCACAUGUGAGACAAAGAAUCUUGAAACAACUGAAGAAAUUCCUAGUACAUUACCAGUGAAAUAUGAUGAAGUUCAGCAGGGAGAGGGGAGCUAUACAGAGAGCACAAAAGAGGAAAAUGCUAGUCACCUCACACGGGAAUAUGUUCCAGAAGAUGCUACUGAGCAGAUCAAAGAUGAAGACUGUAAUGCAGUCAAGUCCGAAAACGAGAUUCUUGAAGAUGAGAGCACCACAUGUGAGACAAAGAAUCUCGAAAGAUCUGAAGAAAUUCUUAGUACAUUACCAGUGAAAUAUGAUGAAGUUCAGCAGGGGGAAGGCAGCAGCCCAGCUCCGACAGAACCUUUGAAGGAGGAGGACACAUUGUCUGUGCAAGUGGCUAAAGAUGAUGAUGGCGAUAAUGGUGCAGUCAAUAUUACAGAAACGGGUGCAAAAGUACCACCAAAUGAUGAAGAAGAUUCACCAGAGGUGUUGCAGAAAUAUGAACCAGAAGAGGAGAUUACGGAAUUGCCACACGUGAAACCUGAAGAAACUACACCAGAAUCGUCAAGUGAAAAUGCAGAAGUUAUUACCUGCAGAAAAGAGGAAAUACAAGAAUCAUUGGACAAAGAAAAGGAUACAAAAGAAAGUGACACUUCAUCAGGGGAGGUGUUGGAGACUACAAUUACAGAAGCAUUACCGGAAAUUCAUACUGUUGAGGACCCUGCAGAGAGGGCCACAGAAUAUCAGGCAUGUAUUGAGGCAGCUGAGUUGAGUACAGAAGGAGAAAAGGAGAACUCAGAGGAACAAACUACUCGAGAAGUCUCUUCUUCACUGAUAGUAGAAACAAGUGAGGAAAGCUCAAAGGAAGAAGAAGAGAAAAAUGAAGGACAAGUAGAAUGUAAAGAUUCAAUUGAGGAAGUAAAAUCUGAAACCUUAGAGGACACAACAGAGCCAAAACCAAUUUCAGAGGAAGAAAGCAACAAAUCACUUGUUCAAGAUAAUUCCUUUUCACUGGAGGCAUCAGAGAAAGAGAUUGAAAAAGAGAUUCAGGGGGAGUAUAGCUCCACAGUAAGAAGUUUUGACUCCAAAGUUGUGAGUAAUGAAACAGGCUUGACGGAAGCCACAACCGAAGACAAAGAGCAGGUGAAAACUACUCACAUUUCUUCUGAAGAGAAGGACAAUGAAGGUACUGAUGUCCACAACACUGAACUGGUCCGAGAAACAUUAGUAGAACCAAGCUUUCAAGUGCAAACUCUUGAAGAUGAAGCAGCACCAAAAUUGGAAGUUGAAGAUGAAACUAAUAAAUCAGAUGAUCUUCCUGAGAAAAAUAACAAGAUUUGUGAAGAAGAGGUACAUGAUGGACCAAAGAUCACAGACAGAGAUUUCAAUGAAGAACAAAUCACAGAAGCAAACGUUGCAAAUCUUACAACUGAACCAGUUCAGGAACAAGAGACGGGUAAGGACUAUCAAGCCGAGGAAAGGGAGACAGAAAGGUCAUAUGAGGAGGGAAGCAGUAUAGAGAACAUAAAAGAAGGCAAUGCCAGUGACAUUUCAACUGAGUGUGUUCCAGAGGAUAUAGACGAAAAGCUUAAAGAAUGCAUAGAGGAGGCAGUUGAGUCCAAAGAGCAAAUCAUAGAAGGCAAAGCCGCGAGUUUUACACCGGAGUCCAUUGAAGAUGAUACGGUUAAGAACUCUCAAGACAGUGAAAAAGAGACAAUAGAGCUAAAGGAAGAGGAGAGCUGUACAGAGAGCAUAAAAGAAGAAAAUGCUAGUGAACUCUCACCAGAGUACAUUCAAGAAGAUGGAAGCAAAAAUUUCAAAGAUGACAAGGAGGAUGCAUUGAAAUCCGAAGAGGAGAUUCUUGAAGAUUCACAGACUCUGGGUGUAGUUGAGAGCACUACAUGUGAGACAGUUAAUGUCGAAAGAUCUGAAGACAUAUUUAUUGCAUUACCAGCGAAAUAUGAUGAGGGGAGCAGCCCUGCUCCAACAGAAGCUUCGAAGCAGGAGAAUAUAGAUGAGGACACAUCUUCUGUCCAAGAGACUAAAGACAAGGAUGGUGAAGUUACUGUUACCGAAACAAGUGCAGAGGCACCAUCAAAUGAUGAAGAUGAUUCACCACAGGUCUUACAGAAAUAUGAACCAGAAGAGGAGCUUACAAUAUUGCAAGACGCGCAGCCUGAAGAAAUGAAGCCAGAACCAUCAAGUGAAAUUGAAGAAGUAAUAACCUGCACAAAAGAGGAAACACAAGAAUCCUUGGACAAAGAAAAUGAUACAAAAGAAAGUGACGCUUCAACUGGAGAGGCAUGUAUUGAAGCAGCUGAGUUGAGUACAGAAGGAGAAAAAGAGGAACAGACCACUCAAGAAGUCUCCUCUUCUCCAAUAGGAGAAGAAACAACUGAUGAAAGCUCAAAGGAAGAAGAGAAAAAGGAAGCACAUGAAGAAUGUAAAGAGGCCAUUGAAGGAGAGAGCUCCUUUUCGUCAAAAGCAUCGGAGAAAGAGAUUAAAAAAGAGAUUCAGGGGGAGUAUAGCUCCACUGUAAGAAGUUUUGACUCCGAAGUUGUGAGUGAUGAAAGGGGCUUGACAGAAGCCACAGAGCAGGUAGAAACUACUCACAUUGCUCCUGAAGAGAAGGACAUUGGAGGUAAAGAUGUCUACAACACUGAACUUGUUGGAGAAACGGUAGAACCAAGCUCUCAAGUGCAAACUCUUGAAGAAGAAGUGGAAACGAAAUUGGAAGUUGAAGAUGAGACUGACAAAUCAGAUGAUCAUCCUGAAAAGGGUGACAAGAUUUGUGAAGAGGUUCUUGAUGAACCAAAGAUCACAGACACAGAUUUUCAUGAAGAACAAAUCACAGAGGGAAAUGUCGCAAGCUGUGCAAGUGAAUCAGUUGAGGAAGGAACUGUUAAAGACUAUCAAGCCGACGAAAAAGAGAGAGGGAGUGAUGAAACGAGCUUGAUGGUAGCCACAACCGAAGACAAAGAGCAGGUGGAAACUACUCAGAUUGCUCCUGAAGAGAAGUACAAUGAAGGUACUGAUGUCUACAACACUGAACUGGUUGGAGAGACGGUAGAACCAAGCUUUCAAGGGCAAACUCUUGAAGAAGAAGCAACACCGAAAUUGGAAGUUGAAGAUGAUAAUGACAAAUCAGAUGAUCUUCCUGAGAAGAAUAACAAGAUUUGUGAAGAGGUACUUGAUGAACCAAAGAUCACAGACAGAGAUUUCAAUGAAGAACAAAUCACAGAAGGAAUUGUCACAAAUCUUACAACUGAACCAAUUGAGGAACAAGAGAUGGUUAAGGACUAUCAAGGCAAGGAAAGGGAGACAGAAAUGUCAAAUGAGGAGGGAAGCAGUAUAGAGAACAUAAAAGAAGGCAAUGCCAAUGACAUUUCAACUGAGUGUGUUCCAGAGGAUACAGGUGAAAAGCUUAAAGAAUGCAUAGAGGAGGCAGUUGAGUCCAAAGAACAAAUCAUAGAAGGCAAUUUUGUGACUUCCACACCAGAAUUGAUUGAAGAAGAUACAGUUAAGAACUCUCAAGACAGUGAAAAAGAGACAAUAGAGCUAAAGGAAGAGGGGACAUGUACAGAGAGCAUAAAAGAAGAAAAUGCCACCGAACUCUCACCAGAGUACAUUCAAGAAGAUGGAAGUAAAAAGUUCAAUGAUGACAAGGAGGAUGCGUUGAAGUCUGAAGAGCAGAUUCUUGAAGAUUCACAGACUGUGGGUGUAGUUGAGAGCACUACAUGUGAGACAGUUAAUGUCAAAAGAUCUGAAGACAUUCUUAUUGCAUUACCAGCGAAAUAUGAUGAGGGGAGCAGCCCUGCUCCAACAGAAGCUUCGAAGCAGGAGAAUAUAGAUGAGGACACAUCUUCUGUCCAAGAGACUAAAGACAACGAUGGUGCAGUUACUGUUACCGAAACAAGUGCAGAGGUACCAUCAAAUGAUGAAGAUGAUUCACCACAGGUCUUACAGAAAUAUGAACCAGAAGAGGAGCUUACAAUAUUGCGAGACAUGCAGCCUGAAGAAAUGAAGCCAGAACCAUCAAGUGAAAUUGAAGAAGUAAUAACCUGCACAAAAGAGGAAACACAAGAAUCCUUGGACAAAGAAAAGGAUGCAAAAGAAAGUGACACUUCAACUGGAGAGGCAUGUAUUGAAGCAGCUGAGUUGAGUACAGAAGGAGAAAAAGAGGAACAGACCACACAAGAAGUCUCCUCUUCUCUGAUAGGAGAAGAAACAACUGAGGAAAGCCCAGAGGAAGAAGAGAACAAGGAAGAAGCACAUGAAGAAUGUAAAGAGGCCAUUGAGGGAGAUAGCUCCUUUUUGUCAAAAGCAUCGGAGAAAGAGAUUGAAAAGGAGAUUCAGGGGGAGUAUAGCUCCACUGUAAGAAGUUUUGACUCCGAAGUUGCGAGUGUUGAAAGAGGCUUGACAGAAGCCACAGAGCAGGUAGAAACUACUUGCAUUGCUCCUGAAGAGAAGGACAUUGAAGGUACUGAUGUCUACAACACUGAAUUGGUAGAACCAAGCUUUCAAGUGCAAACUCUUGAAGAAGAAGUAACACCGAAAUUGGAAGUUGAAGAUGAAACUGACAAAUCAGAUGAUCUUCCUGAGAAGAAUAACAAGAUUUGUGAAGAGGUACUUGAUGAACCAAAGAUCACAGACAGAGAUUGCAAUGAAGAACAAAUCACAGAAGCAAACGUCGCAAAUCUUACAACUGAACCAGUUCAGGAACAAGAGACGGUUAAGGACUAUCAAGCUGAGGAAAGGGAGACAGAAAGGUUAAAUGAGGAGGGAAGCAGUAUAGAGAACAUAAAAGAAGGCAAUGCCAGUGACAUUUCAACUGAGUGCGUUCCAGAGGAUAUAGAUGAAAAGCUUAAAGAAUGCAUAGAGGAAGCAGCUGAGUCCAAAAAGCAAAUCAUAGAAGGCAAUGUCACGAGCUUAACACCAGAAUCAAUUGAAGAAGAUACAGUUAAGAACUCUCAAGACAGUGAAAAAGAGACAAUAGAGCUAAAGGAAGAGGGGACAUGUACAGAGAGCAUAAAAGAAGAAAAUGCCACCGAACUCUCACCAGAGUACAUUCAAGAAGAUGGAAGUAAAAAGUUCAAUGAUGACAAGGAGGAUGCGUUGAAGUCUGAAGAGCAGAUUCUUGAAGAUUCACAGACUGUGGGUGUAGUUGAGAGCACUACAUGUGAGACAGUUAAUGUUGAAAGAUCUGAAGACACUCUUAUUGCAUUACCUGCGAAAUAUGAUGAGGGGAGCAGCCCUGCUCCAACAGAAGCUUCGAAGCAGGAGGAUAUAGAGGAGGACACAUCUUCUGUCCAGGAGACUAAAGACAAGGAUGGUGCAGUUACUGUUACCGAAACAAGUGCAGAGGCACCAUCAAAUGAUGAAGAUGAUUCACCACAAGUCUUACAGAAAUAUGAACCAGAAGAGGAGCUUACAAUAUUGCGAGACCUGCCGCCUGAAGAAAUGAAGCCAGAACUAUCAAGUGAAAUUGAAGAAUUAAUUACCUGCACAAAAGAGGAAACACAAGAAUCCUUGGACAAAGAAAAGGAUGCAAAAGAAAGUGACACUUCAACCGGGGAGGCAUGUAUUGAAGCAGCUGAGUUGAAAGAGGAACAGAUCACACAAGAAGUCUCCUCUUCUCUGAUAGGAGAAGAAACAACUGGGGAGAGCUCAAAAGAAGAAGAGAAAAUGGAAGCACAUGAAGAAUGUAAAGAACCCAUUGAGGGAGAUAGCUCCGUUUUGUUGAAAGCAGCGGAGAAAGAGAUUGAAAAGGAGAUUCAGGGGGAGUAUAGCUCCACGGUAAGAAGUUUUGACUCCGAAGUUGUGAGCGACAAAAGGGACUUGAAAGAAGCCACAGAGCAGGUAGAAACUCCUCACAUCGCUCCUGAAGAGAAGGACAUUGGAGGUAAAGAUGUCUACAACACUGAACUUGUCGGAGAAACUGUAGAACCAAGCUCUCAAGUACAAACUCUUGAAGAAGAAGGGGAAACGAAAUUGGAAGUUGAAGAAGAGACUGACAAAUCAGAUGAUCAUCCUGAGAAGGGUGACAAGAUUUGUGAAGAGGUACGUGAUGAACCAAAGAUCACAGACAGAGAUUUCAAUGAAGAACAAAUCACGAGGGGAAAUGUCGCGAGUUGUGCAAGUGGAUCAGUUGAGGAAGAAACUGUUAAAGACGAUCAAGGCGACCAAAAAGAGAGAGACGGUUCAAAUGAGGAGGGAAGCAGUAUAGAGAACAUAAAAGAAGGCAAUGCCAGUGUCAUCUCAACUGAGAGUGUUCCAAAGGAUAUAGUCGAAGAAAGGACAGGGGAAGCAGUUGAGUCCAAACAAGAGAUCCUACAAGAAUCACAGAAGGACGAUAGAGAUGAGGAAACAUUUCCAAUCAAAGUGGCUGAAGACAAUGAUGACUACAAUAGUACAGUCGUGCUUUCAGAAGCAGGUGCAGAGGUAACAUCAAUUGGUGAAGAAUCAUCAGAAGUUGCACAAAUCCUUGAACUGGGAGAGAAGCACGCCCAGGUUGAAGCUAGUAAUUUAGCAGAUGAGAUUGAAGUUCGCGACUUGGAGGACAAGGUUUCUGUUGCUGAAACGACAGAAGAAGAGACUAAGGAAGUCGAAUUGUCUAAUUUGGCUCUAGAAAAGCUAGAUUCUGAUGCACCUGAAGAAGAAACCACAGAAAGUUCUGAAGUGGUUCCUGAAUUUGAUUCUAAAAGCACUGAUGUAGUUGCACAAGAUGAGGUCACUGCUGAUCAGACACUCGAUGAGGAAAUAUCAAAAGAGCCUUCUACAUUGCCUUCCGAGGAAAAGGAGGUCAAAGCUUCUGAAGAUGAGCACGCGAAGGAAGCAGAAGUGCCAACUGAAGAAGACAGAGGAGAUUUAUUGGCUGCAAGGACAGCGGAAGAGACAUGCUUGCCAAAGGAAGAGCCCAGAGAGCUCAAAGUUUCUGAAUUGGCUCUUGAAAGGCUAGACGCCGGGGAAACUGAAGAAGAAACCAAAGAAAAUUCUGAAAUGGUCUCUAAAUUUGAUUCCCAAAGCAUUGGUGUAGUUUCUGAAUUGGCUCUUGAAAGGCUAGACGCCGGGGAAACUGAAGAAGAAACCAAAGAAAAUUCUGAAAUGGUCUCUAACUUUGAUUCCCAAAGCAUUGGUGUAGUUUCUGAAGAUCAAACACAGUGUGAGGGUGAAAAGGAGGAAAAGACCUCUGAAUUAGUUCAGGAGACACUAGAUGCUGAUGCACCUGAAGAAGAAACCAAAGAUGGUUCUGCAAUGGUUCCUAAAGUUGAUUCUGAAAGCAUUGAUGAACUUGUGAAAGAGGAUAUCAUUGCUGAUCAGACGCUCCCGGAAGGCAUAUCAACAGAGCAACUGCAAAUACCGUCUACUGCAUUGCUUCCCAAGGAAAAGGAGCUCGAAGCUUCUGAACAUGAGCAUGAAACUACAAGUGUAGACAAGAACAUAGAAAAGGACAACCUGAAAGAAGUGGAAGUGCCAGCUGAUGAAGACAAACAAGAGUUAUUUGCUGCAACGCCAACAGAGACAUGCUUGCAAACAGAAGAGCCUAGAGAUUCUGAAUUGGCUCUGCACAAGCUAGAUGCCGGUGAAACUGAAGACGAAAUCAAGGAAACUUUUGAAACAGUCACUAAAUCUGAUUCUCAAAGCGUUGUUGUAGCUUGCGGAGAUGAAAUCGUUGUCGAUCAAACACUGUGUGAGGGGAUAACCGACACACCCCUUUCCAAAGAAAGGGAGUUGGGAGCUUCUGAAUUGGCUCUGGAAAAGCUAGAUGCUGUGAACACUGAAGAAAUUAAAGAAAGUCCUGAAAUAGUUCCUAAAUUUGAUUCUGGAAUCAUUGUAGUUUCCAGUGAUGAGAUUACCAUUGAUCAAACACUCAAUGAAGAGAUAAUGAAGGAGCAAAUUCAAUCACCAUCUUCUACAUUGCUUCCCGAGGAAAAGGAGCACGAAACUUCUGAACCUGAACAUGAAACUACAACUCAAGACAAGAGUACAGAACAAGAGUGCACAAAGGAAGUAGAAAUGUCAGCCGAUGACAAUAUGCAAGCUCCAUUGGCUGCAAGGCCAGUAGAAGAGGAAUGCUUGCAAAAGGAAGAGCCGAGUGUGCUCGGUGUUUCUGAAGAAGCCAAUGAAACUUUUGAAACAGUCUCUAGAUCUGACUUUCCAAGCAUUGCAGCAGAUCCAAAAGAAGAAAUCACUGCUGAUAAGACACUCAGUGAGGGAGUAACAGACAUACGAAUUGAAAUAUCGUCUUACACUCCGCUUCAUGAGGAAAAGGAGCCCAAGGCUUCUGAAUUAGAUCUAGAAAAGCUAGAUGCAGAUACAACUGAAGAAGAAAUUAAAGAAGGUUCUGAAGUGAUUCCUCAAUCUGUUUCUCAAAGCAGUUGUGAAGUUUCGAAAGAUGAGAUAAUAGCUGAUCAACUUGAAGUACCAUCUUCUGCAUUGCUUCCUGAUGAAAACGAACUCAAGGCUUCUGAACAUGAGCAUGAAACUAUAAUAGACGACAAGACCAUAGAAGAUGAAAACCUGAAGGAAGUGGAAGAGCCAACGGAUGAAGCUUCACUAGAUAUAUUGGCUGCAAGGUCAGCAGAAGAGACAUGCUUGCGUAAGGAAGAGCCAAGUGGACUCAAGGUUCCUGAAUUGGCUGCAGAAAAGCUAGAGGCAGAUGAAACUGAAGAAGUCAAACAAGCUUUUGAGACAGUUUCUAAAUCUGGUUCUCAGAGCAUUAAUGCAGUUUCCCAAGAUGACACCAUUGCUGAUCAGACACUUUCUGAUGUGUUAACAGACAUGCCACUUGACAUACCAUCUUAUACUUCACUUCCCAAGGAAAAUGAAGAGGUCAAAGAGGCUGCAACUAAGUUGGCUCUGGAGAAGCUAGAUGCAGAUGCAGCUGAAGAGGUCAAAAAAGGUUCUGAAGUGAUUCCUCAAUCUGAUUUGCAAAGCAUCGAUGUAGUUGUCAAAGAUGAGAUCAUUGCUGAUCAGGUACUCCAUGAACGUAUAACAAAAGAGCAACUUCUAAUUCAAUCCCCUACAUUGCUUCCGGAGGAAAAGGAGCUCAAAGAAAUUGAACAUGAGCAUAAGAAUCUGGAAGAAGAGUCUGCAAAGGAAACAGAAGCGACAGCUGACGAAGGCACGAGAGAUGUAUUUGUGGCAAGCUCAGAAGAAAAGAUGCACUUGCAGAAGGAAGAGCCUAGAGAGCUCAAAGUUUCUGAAUUGUCUCCAGAAAAUGUAGGUGAAGGUGAAGAAGAAGUCACAGCAACUUUUGAAAGCACUGAUGCAGUUUCCAGAGAAGAAACCAUUGCCGAACAGACACUUCAUCAGAAUGACGAGCAACUUCAAAUAGCAUCUCCUACUUUGCUCCCUAAGGAAAAGGAAGAGGCAACUGAGCAAAAGGAAGAACUUGAAGAUUGCAAAGUUCUUGAGUUGUCUCCAAAAGGUGAAACUGAAGAGGAAACCAAAGAAGCCUUUGAAACAGCGCCUGGAGUUUCUUCGCAAAGCAUUGGUGAACUUGCCACAGAUGAGAUUGUUGAUCAAAUUCCACCUUCUUCAUUGAUCUCUGAGGAGAAGGGGUGUGAAAAUAUAACCACAAUCAAUAAUGCAGGAGAAGAAAGCAUGAAUGUUGUGGAAACACCAAAUGAUGAGGGCAGAAAAGACACAAAGUCAGCAGAAGAGACAAGUAUUCCAAUUGAAGAGCCCAGGGAACUCAACGUUUCUGGUUUGGAUCCCUCAAGUCAAUACACAGAGAGGGACAGUUCAAAUGAAGUACAUGAAGAAGAGGAAAUAUAUAUUGAUUCAAAUGAAGCCAAAAAGAAUGAAGCUUCAAAUGAAGAGAAGAAUCUCAAGGUAGCUACCUCCGAUUCAAGAGCAGAAGAUUCAAGUGAGACAACAAUUGAAGCGAAUCAAACUGCAAAAAUUGAAGUUCCAAAUGAAGAGAUCAAGGAAGAAAAGGAAGUUGCAAAAGAUUCUCAGCUCAUUUCUGUUGAAGUAAACACAAGAGAGAGCCAGCAAGAAAAUGAAUCAAGACAAGAAAAAUAUCCAGAAGAGAAGAAUGAUACAUUUACAGCGCCAAGUGAAUAUCAUCAUGAGGUGCCAGAGGUAGAUAAAACUGGAAGUGUGAGUGAGGAUAUUGAAAAACAGGUGAAACCAGAUGAUAAAAGUUCCAUGGACCAUAGUCAAUAUGAAGCAGAGGGAAGGAUUCAGGAGACGGCUAUUCAUUUGGGGCUUGAAAAUCAGGGAGAUGAAAUAAACUGUGAAAAUAGAACAAGAGAAGUCACAUAUCCAGUGGAAAAGGACUCAAGCGUGGAGGUUUUCCAAGGUGUCUUGGGCGUUGAGGAAACCGAUGAAACCACUCAAAACACCAAGCAGCUAGAGAAAGAAUCUCAUGCGACUGAUAUUCCAAGUAGCAAAGAUGAUGCUCUAAAUUUUCUCCAGGACCCAAAAUUGGAGGACUCUACACCUAGCAAUGACACCUUGGUUGCUAGAGAAACCAAAGAAGAAACAUCAGGUAUAGAAACAGCUGACCCGACAUCUGCUCAGAUACCAUUAUCUGAAAGACUCAUGGAUGAAUCAACAAAAGAAAGAAUGAAAGUGGUUACACACUUGACUGAAGAGAAAGAACCCACAGUUGGCAAAGAGCUUCAAGCUGACAAAGAAGAAGAGGAAGAGCAUGAAAAUGUUGAAGAAGCAAAAACAGACGAAGAGAAAGAAGAUACUGAACACAAACGAGCAUAUCAAGGCUAUGAUGAACCUGUCAUUGUAGAAGCCUCUAGAGAUACUGAAGUGAAGGUUUCACCCAAGAAAUCUCAUAACAUCCUUUCGGGGAUGGGGUCAAAGGUCAAGCAUUCUAUUUCAAAAGUGAAGAAAGCCAUUAUUGGCAAGUCUUCCAAUUCAAAGACACAAUCAGAGAAAUAAAACAGCAAGAGACCAGAUGAUUCCAUUUCCAGCAGAUAAAGGAAUGAAUGCAUAAAUGCUUUAAGUGGCUGUCUUGCUCUGAGUUUGGUUGGUUUUCAGCACUAUCAGGGAGAGAUUUGAUUUUGGUGUGUACUUGUGCGGCUUGAGUAGGUUCAUAUUCAUUAUUAGUGUAAAUGUGCAGCUUGGAAUGUUCAUUAUUUGUAGAGAUGUGCGGCUUGAAAAGCUUAUGUUCACUAUUUGUAGCGAUGUGCAGCUUGAAUAAGUUGGCAUUCAUUAUUGGUGUAGAGUGAGAAAAUUUGUAAGAUUGUAAAUUUUGGUGUAAUGUAAGAUUGUAAAUUAAAUAUUUGAAUGCCUUAAGCCCUUACGGGUUGCUAUCA